UGGACAUCUAGGGGGUGUCCAGGUGUGCCUCAAUGGUCCAGGGCUCGGGGACCCCCAAGUCAGACGCUGGGGCUAGGCGUUUGCCUCCUCGGGGUUCCGGCACCUGGGCGAUAGUGAAGUGGCCUUGGGUCGCGGGGUCCCUCGGGAUCUCGGCCCACAGUCCCCCGGCUCCACCCCAUCAUGUGGCCGCUCCGACUCCGCCUCCGUCCUAGUUCCGGUUUCGGCCUCUGCUGUCCCGCUUCGGCCCCUAGGUCUCGCUGCAGACGCCUGCUCUUUCGGCUUCGCCUGGGCGCUUCUUCGUGGGAGCCCGCCGCCCGCAUCCCCGCUAGCCCCGCCGUGGGAUGGGGCCUUCUGCCGGCCGGGGCCUGCCCUCCUGGGGCCCCCAGGGCGACUCGGGGCCCCCGUGACCGCCCAGCCCGCCCAGUGCUGCAGCCCCCAGGAUGAAGGGCGGCGAGGGGGACGCGGGCGAACAGGCCCCGCUGAACCCGGAGGCCGAGAGCCCCGCGGGCUCGGCCACGUACCGAGAGUUCGUGCACCGGGGCUACUUGGACCUCAUGGGGGCCAGUCAGCACUCGCUGCGGGCGCUCAGCUGGCGCCGCCUCUACCUCAGCCGGGCCAAGCUCAAAGCCUCCAGCCGCACGUCUGCCCUGCUCUCGGGCUUCGCCAUGGUGGCCAUGGUGGAGGUACAGCUGGAGAGCAACCACGAAUACCCGCCAGGCCUGCUGGUGGCCUUUAGUGCCUGCACCACCGUGCUAGUGGCUGUGCACCUCUUUGCACUCAUGGUCUCCACCUGUCUGCUGCCCCACAUAGAAGCCGUUAGCAACAUCCACAACCUCAACUCUGUCCACCAGUCUCCACACCAGCGACUCCACCGCUAUGUGGAGCUGGCCUGGGGCUUCUCCACUGCCUUGGGCACCUUCCUUUUCCUCGCUGAAGUUGUUCUGGUUGGCUGGGUCAAGUUUGUGCCCAUUGGGGCACCCUCGGGCACACCAGCCCCUUUGGUACCUGCCUCCCAGGUGCCUGGGACUCUGUCACCAGUGACCACCUCCCUUAGUCCAGCUUCCAAGCCAUCCUUUACUUCUGUAGCCCCAUCACAGGCUGAGCCAUCUGAGGCUUGCCCACCCCGGCAAGCAUGUGUUGGUGGAGGAGCCCAUGGACCAGGCUGGCAAGCAGCUAUGGCCUCCACAGCAAUCAUGGUACCUGUGGGGCUUGUAUUUGUGGCCUUUGCCCUGCAUUUCUAUCGCUCCUUGGUGGCACAUAAGACAGACCGCCACAAGCAAGAGUUAGAGGAGCUGAGUCGCCUGCAGGGGGAGCUGCAGGCUGUGUGAGGCUGAUGUUAACCACUACUGUAAACACUGCCUCCCUCCGGUCUGCAGGAGGACCCAGGUCCACAGACCCCAUUCCUUGCCCCUGCCUGGAGCCACUCCUGUGGCCACUCCCAGGUAGAGACCAGACUCCUGCUUUCUGAGUCCUUUGGGGUGGGCCCCGGGGGCAGCUUUUACAUUCCCAGGGAUUCUCCUCGCUGUCAGUCUAUCCCAGUCUGUCUAUAUCUGGGCUGGGAGGAACAGAGGAGGAAGUAGAAGGUCUUCAGUCCAAGUCUCAUGUAGCUAGAGGGGAGGCAGGGAGACCCUGGUCAGACCUUUGGUGCUGACCCUUAACACCUUAACCCUGUACAGGAUGUGGAAGUCAGAGGUUACACACCCACCCACCCAGCCGCCUCAGAAGGUAGCUAACCCUUGCUUUAUUUUUGUAGAAUCUACUUUAUGGUUGGCAUUUUGGGAAAGCUUUUCCCCAUCUCCAGAUUUUGAUGGGUUCCACAUUUUUGCUUUAGUUGCUGAAGAGAAGGAUUUGGGUGUUUCUAACCCAGACAUAGGUCCACUCUUUCCUAGGAGGAGCCUCGCUAUUUAUGGAGGUUCAAGUGCCUGCCCCACUGCCCUAGACCCACACUUAAGCUUCUGCGUCUGGUUCUCACUCUCCUGGGCCAGGGCUGGAGAUCUUUGGAGACUGAGGGCCUGUGUGCCCAACCUGACUCUCUAGUAAGGGUUUGGGGUGGGGAGGUUUUAAGGGAGAGGAUCCAGUCACUAGCCCUUGGAAUACAGAGCUAUUCUCACACUGAAUUUUUGAUGCACCUUGUUUUGUAUAAUAAAAUGUGUUUCACAGA